GGCAUGCACCUAAGCCCUCUCUUUUCUUCUCACUACUCUCAAUUUCUGCCUAUAAAUACUAUGCACACUUUCUCCCCAUUCUACGCUCCAAGGUUUCAAAUAGAUUUCAAACAAGAAUUCAACGUUAGCUUAUUAAGUACUUUGCCUUCUAUAAGAAAUGGCCAUCUCCAAGCUUCUGAUUGCUUCUCUUCUUAUCUCUCUUCUUCUUCUCCAUUUUGCUGAUGCCGAUCAUCACCAUCACCCACCGGUGAACUCAAACCUGGCUGCAACCUAUCCUCCUAAGAAAAUUGACUGUGGAAGCGCAUGCACUGCAAGGUGCCAGUUAUCGUCUAGGCCGCAUCUGUGCAAGAGGGCAUGUGGGACUUGCUGUAGUCGUUGCAACUGUGUUCCACCGGGAACUGCCGGUAACUAUGAGGUCUGUCCUUGCUACGCCAGCUUGACAACCCGUGGUGGCAGACGCAAGUGCCCUUGAAGCUUUGCUUAUUAAAUUUGCUUGAGAAUCGAAAGUAAUUUGUUAUAUGUUUGAUGUGGGUUCUUUGGGAAGAAUGAAUGAAUAAACAAAAGAAAGAUGGUAUCUGUAAAAGUUGAAUAAUAAGUCAAAUGCGAGCAGUGUUGUUUUCUCUUA